CAUCCUUUCCAGUCCUUUCCCUCUGGCUUAUAUUAUAGGUCAGGCUCCUCUCCUGCUUUGCUUCAUUUCUCUCCAUCUUCACGAUAAAACGCUCCGGGUCCAACAGCACCAUCAGAACACGCGCGCACAUUCUCGAUCGAAAAUGGGUUCUCUUCCCCACAUCGUGGAAGACCUUGAAGGCGUUGUACAGCUCUACAGUGACGGUUCCGUUUUCCGGGCUAAUGACGUAGACUUCAAUAUCCCAAUUCACGACGACAGUUCUAUUGUCUGGAGAGAUUGCCAAUUUGACAACCAAAACCACCUCUAUCUCCGCCUCUAUAAGCCUGUAAACGCAUCCACAAAACUGCCCGUAGUAUAUUUCUUUCACGGCGGCGGGUUCUGUGUUGGCUCGCGUACUUGGCCUAACAACCAUAACGCCUGCCUACGCCUAGCUUCGGGGCUACAAGCCUUAGUGGUCGCACCAGACUACAGGUUAGCCCCGGAGCAUAGGCUCCCGGCAGCAGUGGACGAUGCACUGACUUCUCUCAAAUGGCUUCAAGCUCGGGCAACUGCAGAUGGUGCUCCUGCUCAAGAUACAUGGUUGCAUGAUCAGGCGGUUGAUUUUGACCGGGUUUAUAUAAUGGGCGACUCAUCCGGUGGCAACAUGGCUCACCAUUUAGCCGUCCAGCUGGGGCCCGGCUCGCCGGAGUUGGCCCCGGUUCACAUACGUGGUUAUGUGCUGAUGGCACCAUUUUUUGGUGGCACGGUGAGGACCAAGUCCGAAGCAGAGGGGAUGCCUGAACCAAUCCUGAACGUGGAGAUUCUUGACAGAUUUUGGAGGCUAUCGUUGCCACCAGGGAAAAACGCAGACCAUCCGCUGGCCAACCCCUUCAGCCCUUUUAGCAAAAAGAAUCUUGAAUCGGUGAUGUUUGACCCAGUGUUGGUGAUCGCCGGAGAAAUUGAGCUGCUAAGAGAUAGAGUGGAGGACUACGCAAGACGGUUGAAGGAAGCCGGGAAGAAAGUCGAGUAUGUGGAGUUUGAAGGGAAGUAUCAUGGCUUUUUCAAUAAUGACCCGUAUUCUGAAUUGGGGGACAGAGUUUUACAGGAGAUAAAAGACUGGAUGUCCAAAAUUUCGGGUUGAUGAAUUGUGUCCCAUAUUGCUUUGUCUCCAUUUGUUUUCUCGCAUAUAUUCAUGCUUUGUUUACUGGAAAAAUCCCAAGGUUGCGAGUCACAGAUAGAGGGGUUCGAUGUAAGAAAUUAAGGAAGCUGGUUGUGUUUCUAUUUGGAGCAGUGUACCAGAUAUUGUGGCUUUUCUUGUUGCUUAAAUUUGUGAUUUAAAUUUUAAAAAAAAA